UCGGCUCAGUCACUUUCUGUGGCUCUGCUAGGUCACAGCUUUAGUUUGAUCUGUUUAGAUGAUAAGUAACUUUGACGAUAGCUUCUUUAAAUCAUACUUUUUAAUCUCUUUUCAGUCAUUUGUUACUUAUUCUUUUAUUUUUUAUUCUUAUCAUAUUUUUCUCAAUAUUUAAAUUAUUUUGAUACUGUGAUUUUUCUUCCUUUUUUCUGGUUUUAUGUUACAGUUUGGACUGGAAGCUGGGAGCUGGAGAUCAGUCCCUUCUGUUCUAAAAUAAAAGUAGUUGUUUUAUUUUCAUGCUGGUUUAGUGUGUAGUCCACACUGUUAAUCUGGGCAGGUGGGUUGUCAACUCCUGGCCCUGUCUCGCCUGGUUGUGGCCUGCUUUCUGGUCUGGCUCGGUCCUCUUUUGAUUCAUCUGAGACGUAAGACCUUCCAUGCAGCGCUACCGCCAAUAUGGCACCUCCUACUCCUCCCCCUCUCCCCCCUCACCUCCCUCGCCUCCUGUAGAGGAGAUCCACGCUGAGGAGGAGGAGGAAGUGUACACUGAGGAGGAGGUGUACACUGAAGAGGAGGUUUAUGAAGAGGAGGAGGUGGCACCACUGAUACAGGAGGGGGCAGAGCCUGUUGUGCAGGAGACAGGAAGUGACGAGGAGGUCCAGAAGAAGGAGGAGGUGCAGGCUGUCAACCAGGAGACAGAGGGGCGGUCUCCACCUGUGGAAAGCAAGAAUGGAAAGAGGACGGAGAGAGGAGGAGGAGGAGGAGGAGGAGAUGCAGGAGAUGCUGGAGGAGGAGGUUCUAAGUACUCCAUGUUCACCUGGUUUGUGGUCCUGGCUCUGCUGGGUGUCUGGAGCUCAUUCGCUGUGGUGUACUUCGACAUCGUGGACUACGACAGUGUUAUCGCCAGAGCUAAGGAGUUUCGUAUGAACUUUUCGGAAGUUUUACAAGGUAAACUGACGGCCUACGACACAGAUGGAGACGGAGACUUUGACGUGGAAGAUGCUAAAGUUCUGCUCGAUGAAAAGAAGUUAAAAGGUCCUGCUCUCAGGAGAGACAGGCUAAGAAAAGAGGACAAGAAAGAGGGAAAGAAGAAAGAUAAAAAUAAAGAAGACAAGAUGUCAGAGACAUCUGAUGAGGAGAUUGAACUCCCAAAAGAUGUGACUGCUGAAGAGAGUGCCGCUAAAAAGAACAUUACCAGAGAACCCCAUGUGGGAGGUGCCAGGCUGCGCUCUGCUCUCAGGGAGGAACUGAGAAAGAUCCAAGAGAAGAUGGAGGCCAAGAGGAUAGCUCGCAUCGCUCUUGCCGAGAUCAGGGCCUUUCUAGCUGAAGAGGAGGAGGAAAGGGAGGCGGCAUGGGAACUCAAAGUGAAGACUCUGGAGGCUGCUCAGGAGCAACUGAGGGAGGAGAGGAGGAGAGAGGCAGAGAGGGUGGAGAAGGAGAAAGAGGAGAAGGAAAAAAAUGAAAGGGAGAAGGCAGAAAAAGAGAGGCUAGCUCGAGAGAGGGCAGAAAAAGAAAGACAGGAGAUGGAGAGGCUUGCUAAAGAAAAGGCCGUAAAAGAGGAGAAGGAACGACUUGAGCAAGAGAGGGCAGAGAAGGAAAGGGUGGAGAGGGAGCGCUUGAUGAAGGAACGUGAGAGAGCAGCUAAGGAAAAGGCGGAGAGGGAAGAACAGGAGAAAGAACGACUUGAAAAGGAGAGGCUUGAGAAGGAAAGAAUUGCAAAAGAGACAGCAGAAAAAGAGAGGCUGGAGAUGGAGCGAAUUGCUAAGGAAAGAGCAGAAAAAGAACGGCUAGAAAAGGAGCGCAUCGCCAAAGAACAAGCAGAAAAAGAGAGGCUAGAGAGGGAGCACAUUGCCAAAGCAAAGGCAGAAAAAGAACGGCUAGAGAGGGAGCGCAUCGCCAAAGAAAGAGCCGAAAAGGAAAGGCUAGAACAGGAGCGUAUCGCCAAAGCAAAGGCAGAAAAAGAGAGGCUGGAGAGGGAGCGCAUCGCCAAAGAAAGAGCCGAAAAAGAAAGGCUAGAACAGGAGCGUAUCGCCAAAGCAAAGGCAGAAAAAGAGAGGCUGGAGAGGGAGCGCAUCGCCAAAGAAAGAGCAGAAAAAGAGAGGCUAGAGAGGGAGCGCAUCGCCAAAGAAAGAGCCGAAAAAGAAAGGCUAGAACAGGAGCGUAUCGCCAAAGCAAAGGCAGAAAAAGAGAGGCUAGAGAGGGAGCGCAUCGCCAAAGAAAGAGCAGAAAAAGAGAGGCUAGAGAGGGAGCGCAUUGCUAAAGCAAAGGCAGAAAAAGAGAGGCUGGAGAGGGAGCGCAUCACCAAAGAAAGGGAAAGACUUGAGAAGGAGAAACUUGCUAAAGAAAAAGAGAGAAUAGCGAGGGAGAAGGAAAGGGUUGAACGAGAGAGGGUCGAAAGAGAACGGGUGGCAAGAGAGAGAGCAGAAAAAGAAAAACUGGAAAAAGAGAGAAUAGCAAAAGAGAAGGAAAAGAUGGAGAGGGAGCGCAUCGCAAGGGAAAGGGCAAGAAUUGCUCAGGAGAAAGAAAGACUAGAGAAGGAAAGGGCAGUGAGAGCAGAAAGGGAAAGAAUGGAGAGAGAGCGAGUGGCAAAAGAAAGGGAGAGAGUCGCCCGGGAGAAGGAAAGAAUUGAACAGGUGAGACUAGAGAAGGAAAGGCAGGGGAAGGAGAAGGAGCUAAUGGAAAAGCAGAGGCUCGCAAGAGAAAAGGCUCUCCGGGACAAGAUGGAGGCAGAGAGGCUGGCAAGAGAGCGGGCAGAGAAGGAACGCAAUUCUGCUAAGGUUCAAAUGAAGAAACAAGAGCUCCAUGAGAGGAAAACAAACACAACUCUGCUGAAGACUCCAGAGAAGAGUGACCGAGCAAGUGUGUCCACAGUUAGAAGAGAAAAGACAGCAGUGGAGGAAAAGACGGCUUCAGGCGGGAGGAAGAAAUCACAUCUGUAUUAUCAGCCAACAUCAGUGUUUGAAUUCACUUUUUGCUUGUGUCUUAGCAGCAGAUUUAACGUCUGUCAGGAAGACCUAAAACACAAAAACAGAGGCUGCUGUUUGUCCACAUACUUUUGGCCUGUUGUUGUAUCCAUAGCAAACACUUCUUUCCAGCAUCAGUUUGUAUAUUUGCUCCAUCUUGUUGCCUGUGAAUGCUCCUGUUACCUGCUGUCUGCCCUCGCUGUGAACAGCUGGCAUGAUGAUGUCAUAAAGGUAACACUCUGGCUCCUCCUGUCUGUGUCUGAUGCAGGCUCCAGAUCUUACGAUGUGGAGUCUGAAAUCCAAGCUGCUGUUCCCCUGCCUCUGUUGUCAGAAGACUUUGUGCCUAAUGAUCCCAGAGACAGCGUUGAUCCUAAUGAGGAGAAAGCUGGAACCAUAGACACCACUGGAGUUCUAGUGGAGGAGAGCCCCCCAGAGGAGACUGUAGUGGACUCCACACAAUACUUGACCAGCUCCAAAUUGACACAGGAAGCAGAGACGGUGGAAGAGCCAGAGAUCCAGUCUGAGCCCCCAGUGGAACCAGAACCACAAAGUGAAACUUCUAAAGUGGCCGAGAAUAGUGCAGAGGCUGAGGGAACUACAGAGACUCAGGCUGAGGAAAAGGUCAAAGAAAAAGCAAAGAAGAAGAAACCAAAACUGUUGAAUAAAUUUGAUAAAACCAUCAAAGCAGAAAUCGACGCUGCAGAAAAGCUCCGCAAAAAGGGUAAGUUGGAGGAGGCAUUGAGAGCGUUCGAGUCAUUGGUUCAGCAGUAUCCUCAGAGCCCCCGUGCUCGCUUCGGAAAGGCCCAGAUGGAGGACGACCUGGCAGAGAAGCUGCGUAGUAACGACAUGCUGCAGAAAGCCAUCAACAGCUACAGAGAGGCCGCUGAGCUCCCUGACGUGACCCCUGACCUCCUGAGAGCGGCGCUGAAGAAACGAGCAGAGAGGCAGCAAUUCCUGGGUCGGAUGCGAGGCUCUCUGACGACUCUGGAGAAGUUGACUCAGAUCUUUCCGGAGGAUAUCGGUCUGAAGAACGACCUCGGCGUUGCACACCUGCUGCUGGGAGACAACAAGGGAGCCAAGAAGGUCUAUGAGGAGGUUUUGGCGGUCGCCCCUGAUGACGGCUUCGCCAAAGUUCACUACGGCUUCAUCCUGAAAUCAGAGAACAAGAUAGCAGAGAGUAUACCAUACCUGAAGGAAGGUUUGGAGUCCGGUGAACCGGGGACAGACGACGGGCGAUUUUUUUUCCACCUGGGUGACGCUCUGCAGAGGGUCGGAGACAACAGCGCGUAUCACUGGUACGAGCUGGGUCAUAAACGCGGUCAUUUCGCCUCGGUGUGGCAGAGGUCUCUGUACAAUGUGGACGGACUGAAGGCUCAGCCCUGGUGGACGCCUAAAGAGACCGGAUACAUGGAUCUGGUGAAGACGCUGGAGAGGAACUGGAAGACGAUCAGGGAGGAGGCUCUGGCUGUGAUUGACCAAAACACGGGACUGUUCAUACCUGAGGAGGAGAACCUGAGAGAGAAGGGAGAAUGGGGGCAGUACACACUCUGGCAACAAGGUAAAAAAGCAGGAACUUCAUGUCAGGGUGUCCCAAAGACUUGUGCUCUGCUGGAUAGAUAUCCUGAAGCUACAGGCUGCAAGAGAGGACAGAUAAAGUUCUCAGUGAUGCAACCAGGUACACACGUGUGGCCUCACACUGGUCCCACUAACUGCAGACUGAGGAUGCACCUCGGCCUCGUCAUCCCCAAACACGGCUGCAGGAUCCGCUGCACCGACCAGACACGGGAAUGGGAAGAGGGAAAAGUCCUCAUCUUCGACGACUCCUUCGAGCACGAGGUGUGGCAGGACGCCGACAGUUACCGCCUCAUCUUCAUCGUGGACGUGUGGCACCCAGAGCUAACGGCUUACCAGCGCCAAACUUUGAGCCCGAUUUAGAUCCAGAACACACCGAGGACUGCAGAACUAGUAAGAACAGUAUGAAGGACUUAUCGGACCCUCUGAUUCUUCUUCUGUGGAUAAAAACACUGAAUGUCUGAGAAGAAUCCCAUUAGGAUUUUUGUGCUUUUUGUUGAUGAACUACCAAAAUCGACACUCGAAGGAUCAAAACAUCAGACUGGGGAUAUUUUCUGGGUUUUACUACUGACUUUAUUUCACCAAAACUACAAAGGUACGUGUUUACGCCCCGAUAUAGACUUAACCCAUAACUUAACUCAGUUUGGAUCAUCGUCAGGGUUAAUAAAUGUGGAAUAUUUGACUUUUUAAAAUCUGAUAUCAUAGAAAAAUUUUCCAGCUUGUUACUGAGACUCAAACAGAAACCCGCCCCCUGAUGCUGUGGUGCGGUUUCUCAUUGUUAAGUGGGAGAAAUUGUGAUAAUGAAAACACUAAAUGUUUGAGAAGAAACCUCACUUAUCUUUCUUGAUAAAUUUGUUUAAAUGUCUUUGUUUAUGAAAUAAGAAAGGAGCCUUAAUUUUAACUUGAACCACUAUGCAUUUCUUCAGUUUAUCCAGUGGGUUUUUAGUUUCACUUUUUCAUCACUUUUGCACAGAAACCAAGAAACACAAGAUGUUAUUAAAGAUGAUUUAUAUUUAUAUUAAAAAUAAAGAUACUGGGAAAAAAAUGGCAAAAACAAGAAUGUGUUUUCUUUUUGGAAAUGAUCCCAUCUUAUUCUCAGACUUUGAAUGGUGUUAUGUGAUUCAAUGUGACUGAGCAGAAAACGAUAGAAGAUUUUGCAGCUCUACAUGUUUAAAAUGUAACAUUAAUAUAAAAACUUUCACCUCAAACUUGAAAAAUUAUGUUUUUUUAAAUACUCACAAUUUUCAUGUAUUUUGUAGCUCAACUACUUAAAUGAUAAAAAAAAAAAAGAAAAAAGAUUAAAUUUUCUACCAGCAGCUGUUUAGCUUUAAUGGAUGUUACAUACAGUAAUACUUUUUAACAAGUGAUCAGAUCUAAGGGUCUGUGUCUGUGUUCUUUAUUUCCUGAACUGUUGCAUUAGAGAUUCCUUAAAAUAAAACUCUUCUAAUUAAAUGAAUCACAGCACAAUCAUGUUGGUGUAAAUGUUUACUUCUAUACAUUCAUUGAAAGGAAAUACAUUACAUUACAGUCGAGUGGAGACCAAAACACUGCUUAGUGUAGCCCUGAUAACAAGUCAAACACGCUGCAAAAAAUAAUGACAAACAUGGCCUUUAAAUUUGACAUACUUCACAUUAUUUGAGAUAAAGAAGUGAAAUUAUCAAUCUGCAAGUGUUCCUUCUUCUCGAAAUUAUGUUUAACUGGUUGGCAUGUUGGUUUUGUUUCUGGUUUUCAGAAAAUGGAAAUGAUUACUUUUCAAGAAAUUGAAGAUAAAUUGACUUUGAUUAUCUCAGGAUAAGAUCGGCCAGGUGUGCCACUUUUUUCGCAGUGUGGUAAUACUUGUAACAAUAAUAUACAAUCUUCAAAUAAUUUAGACUCAAUAAAAAAAAUCUCUCCCUUCACAAUCAAAGUUAAAGUGAAAAUUUGGCAUCCUGUGGUUUCUUCAAAAUACAAUACUUUUAGAGAAAGACAUUUUUCACUCUGGUAGAACAGUUUUGAACAUUUUCAUGCAUUUGAUCACGUUUAAGUGUUGUGACUAGUGCCGUCCUUUUGUUUGAAUUGCCUCUGACAGUUGUUGUUGUUGAUGUGAUUUUGUUGUUUUAACAUGAAAGAAAAAAUGUGACAUUAUUCUACCAAAGUGAGUUUUCCUUCAUGUCAUCCUUCCUCCCAUCCUUUCUUCGACGACUAAUAUGGAAUUUUUUAUCCCACUUUUAAUGAUGUAUUUCUUCUUCUGAAUUUA